CUCACAGCACGUCGGCUCAAGACGCCGCGGAUCCGACGCCAUGCCAAGAAUACGGACGCUGGCGACCAAAAAGGCGCCAGAGGGCUGGGAGGAUGUGGCGCCCCAACUCGAGGAGUUCGCCAAUCAGAUGCGGGAUGCCGUGAACGAGCCACACGAGGGGAAGCGGCGGAACGAGGCCACUUGGAAGAUCACCAAGAUCCAUUGGGAGCGAUCGAGGUAUGUCUAUGAGCUCUUCUACAAGAAGAAGGCAAUCAGCAGAGAGCUCUAUGACUGGCUUCUUCAAGAGAAAUAUGCAGAUGCUGCCCUCAUCGCCAAGUGGAAGAAGCCCGGCUUCGAGUACUUGUGCUCACUCAUGGCCAUUGACAAGAGGAAUACCAACUUUGGCACCACCGCCAUUUGUCGAGUACCCUUGCACCUGCGAAAAGCAGGCGCAGCGCAACCGGCGGUGGCCACAGGUUGCAUCUCCUGCUCCUCUCAGGAGGCUGGUCGCUUAGGCGGGCCCAUUUGGUGGGACUCCCCACGGCCCGCAGACCUCAUCGGCUGGGCGAAAGCCGGUUGCCCCACCUCAGAGAAGCCCGGCAAGAAACGGAAAGCAGAGGAGGAGGGCGAGGACGCUGAGUUGGAAGCCCGGGCAGCUGCACUACGCCGGGGCGUGAACGCCGGGUUGAGGACCGCCGAGGCAGAGGCCCUGGAAGCCACAGCAGCAGCCUUUCGUGGCUCCGGGGAGAAGGCUGCAUCAAGUGAAGUGGAAUGCAGCUGAAGUGCUGAAGAACUCGGCUGCCGAAGGUGGUGAAACAAAAGGGCGCGAAUCAACGAGAUGAUACCAGGUUGGUAAUCUCGGAUGAUCAAAAACGGUUCCUCGUCUGGACCAAAU